UGCCUAAAAAUAAAAAUCAUUGUAAUUCCUCCGCAAAACUACGACCACGUCAUUUUGUACACCUUAGCCCCUAAACCCUCGCAGCAUAUAUCUUAGUCCCAGGGGCCAUUCGACCUCAAAGUUCUCACGAACCAACUAAGGAGAGGACAAAGGAGCAACAGUGGGUGCAUUUUUCCAAAAAGUGAGGCCUCGCGGUAACGCUCAGGGAGUAGCGUCAGCUACCCUGGAUAACGCGAGCUCGGCGGCGCUUCGCCCGCAUGGACUUCUUCCGCGCCGGACCAUGUGCCUGCGCAAGCCGCGCUCCCCUGCCUCCCCGUUAGGCCUCCCCAUUGGAACCCUACUCCUAGCUCUAUUCCCCUGCGCCUGCCCGCUCCCAGACCACAGAUCCCGCUUGCGGGCCCUUCAGCCUAGCCACGCAAAGCUCACCCAUCUUGUCGACGCCACGGGGCCGAGGGAAAGAGAGAAGCGACACAGGAAGGAGCCACAAACCACCGCGAGCAAGCCCCGCCCAAUCAAGGACCCCACGCGGUGUCUAUGCGGCGCCUGUCUCGAGGUGAAUGCCAGGGACGGGGGAACGCGAACUACCCAUCCCAGAAUCCCGUGCGCGACGUCCGCGGGCCGCGCAGGCGCUCUCCGUAAAUCCACCGGCCUGGGCUUGGCACGUCAGAUGAAGAAACAAGGAUUUGGAGGGAAAACCACUUGCCUGGUUUCAGACAACUGCAGGUGGAGAGGUAGGAAUUCAACAGGAAACCUUGAACUAGGACAUAUAUGUAAAUAUAGUUCUCAAACAUCUUCAAAUAAAGAAGUGGUUAUAAAGAAAGGUCAACAGAAUAAUGGAGAUAUGAAACCAAUCCAGAAUUUCACAACAAUGCCAAUCACGAAGGCUUUUAAAAAUCUGAGCAAAGAGGGACAUUUAGAAAAAGAACAUGGAAAUGCCUUCAGCCAUCAUAACCCUGUUAAUAUCUCCAUUGAUGGAAUUUCCUGCAUUCUCUUCUGGGCCAAAAGAAUAACAAUUAAAUUUAAGAAUCUGACCUGGCUGGACCUUACAGAUGAAACAUUUGAUCAAAAGGCAGUAGUGGAUACUGGCAACUCAAACUGCAGUGAGGAAAGUGCCACGUUGUCUCUGAAGUUUGGUGAUGCUGAAAAUCUACAAAGCUUUUAUAUGAGAUUCUUCCUUACCACUUACAACAAAUUGUCCAGCCAGAGUUGGUUUACUUUGCACCGAGUUGAGAUUAUUUUCAACAAUUCAGUCCAAGCAACUUUUAAUGUAACUGGCAUCUAUGCUCCAUCAAGUUAUUCCUACCACUGCCAACGUGUCAGCAGCCUGCAGCAGCAUGAUGCUCUCUUGUUGCCUAGUGACACAAAUGACAUGUCAAGCUUGUGGGAAGUCACCUUCAUUGAUUUUCAGAUCCAAGGCUUUACCACUGAAGGGCAGCAGUUUGCCAAGGCCAGGGACUGCACCUCUUCCUUCUCUCCAGCUGUUUUGAUUGGCCUGGCCAUGUCCCUGAUCCUGCUGCUGGUGCUGGCCUAUGCCCUGCAUAUGCUCAUCUACUUGCGCUAUCUGGACCGGCACUAUGAAUUUAUCACCUCUCCUACUCAUUUCCCACCGUUGAAAACUCGAGACCUGGCAGAGGAGAAGGAACUGCUCAGGAGCCAGGGAGUUGAAUGCUAUGAACUGAGGAGCCAACAGAUCUGCAAGAUUUAUGUUUAACAAGCAUGAGCCUCUCUCCUCUCUCUUUCUCACCAUGUCCACAAUGGCUCUUAAAGAUGUGGUUUCUCUUCUGUGUUGUUUCACUUGUGAAUGGCUUGAUUAAAAAAAAUACAAAAAAGAAAA